AUCUUCGAUGCACCUGAACGGGGUCUCUCCGCUGCUGUCAGGGACACUGUCAAAUCCAAGAAAAUCAGACUGACUCUUUAAUUUCUCAUCCACAUACUGCAGUGUCAAGGAGAAUUAAAAAAAAAAGAAAAAUGAAUGGAUGCAAAAGUACACGGACUGGUAAUUGCUCUUUUGUGCAUUGUGGGCGUUAUGUGAGGUGUGUACGUCUCCUGGAAGGUAGUUGAAGGACAGACACCACUGAGGGAUCAUAACUGUGCAGACUAAUCUUAGCAGACGGGUGUUAAGAGACUCUGCAGCUGUCAUCAUGUCCAUCAAUAAAACCACAGAGACCACCAGUGAGAGCAGACCACCUGUCAGUUAUUUAGUGGCCUUGAAUGAUAAGUUGCAGAUGAAUGCAGACAAAGUGGAGAGGAACAUCAGCGAGACACAGCAGAAUCUCAAAAAGGAUAUCAAAAGGAUGAAUGAAGGGAAGCAGGCCCUGUACCAGGAGGACAUCGACAGGACAAUCCUGAACUCACUGGAGCUGCUGAAUACUCUGGAUCAAAAUGCAGCCGAAGCCUUUCGUUUGCAGCACCCUCAAUCUGAGAUGAUUGAGAAGGAUAUGAAACAUCUGCGAGAGAGUGUGAUGAAGCUCCGUGAGGAACAUGUUCGCAUUUACAAUUGCUCUGCCACCGUCAACCGGGGAAAGAAGAUUGAUGAGAAACUGGAUGAUUCUGAAUGGGAAGUUAAAAGACCUUCAGAGGACAUGACAGAUGCAAAUAUCAAGUACAGUGUCAGCUCCUCUGAAGGGAUGCAUGAAUGUUCAGAGACUAGCCUCCGCUGGCGGUCUGUCGGUGAUGUCAGUUUGGAGUAUCGGUUUGCUGACUGGAAAUCACUCAGUAAAGAUACUAUGAAGAAAUACACACCAUGUGGACCUUUGAUAGACAUCACUGCAACCUCUGGCACACUGGAGGAAAUUCAGUUACCUCACUUCGUCUGUGUCGAUCCUACAUCUUCCUCAGAUGAUACAGUGAAAGUUCUUUAUGUGAAGGACGGUACUGUUUCAUUGGAAAGAUGUGAAUUAAGCGGACUCCAUGCUAAGCUUCUCAAUCCCACCAUCGCAUUAUUUGGAGUUGUUGCAAAUCAGGGUCACCCCCCCCUGAAAUAUCACUGUGAGACUUUGAUUUAUCGCAACAGAAAGGCUCCCCUCAACCUUCAUGUGUACCUGAUUGUAAAGGAUCAAAAACUUAAGAAGUAUGUGGAGGAGAAGGAGAAAAAUAAUACGGAGAUUGUAAAACCAACACCAGAUGAAGGCCUUGCAAUGGAUUACAGUUACACCCUGAAGACAUCUUGUGACUCCAAAAUCAAACCUCAGAGUUUAAAAUUGACUCCCGGCAAGACCAACUUCUUUGAUUUACACAUUCAAGAUGCAAAGGAAUGUCUCGAACUCUCUAUAGAGACAAAAGAGGGCCAAAAAAUAUGGGAUGUUAAUAUAGAACCAGAUGAAUUCAACACAAACAGUUCAGCAUCUGACUGGAGGCUAAAAACAAUUAAUAGAUCGGUGCUGAUUUUGCAAUGGUGGCGCCAGCUGAUAACAGCUAUUGAACACUCAGCUGGUGGUCCUCUUAUAGCGUCUCUUCAGCGAUCCAGAAGUCUUCAGUCUGCAGAGACUGACACAGCACAGAAAAAAGGAAGAUGCAAAAAGGGUGAAGGCGCUGAGUUUGUGGAGAAGCACAGGACAGAGUUGAUCAGAAGGGUCUCACUGGUGGAGCCCAUUGCAGACGACAUGAAACCUCUGCUUGGAGAUGAAAAAUACGGAAUCAUCUUACAGUAUAAAGGAGUAACACAAGCACAAAUGAGAGCGCUUCUGGACUUUCUGACAACACCUAAACUGAAAGAUAAACUUUACCAAAGUCUUCUAGAACGUGAGGGCGUGCUUGUUGAAUAUUUGGAGGGUUCUGGGUAGAUGCUCUUCCAUGCGUCAGAAGAAUUAAUGCAUUAUGGUUUAUUAUUACUUUCAGCUGACAGGUCAUUAGUACUACAAUGUGGCCUGGAGUAUAAUGAGAUGUGGAAUAUACAGUUCUGAUUGGUUUACAUACACAGCUGUAAACGUUUUUUAGUUUAUAGUGUCUAUAUUUUUACACUCAUUGUCAUUUAGUGUUCAGAUAUAAACCUACGAAUACAUAAAAGCAAAUACUUUGAAUUU